AUGUCUGUCACACUCCACACCACCCAUGGCGACCUAAAGGUCGAACUCUUCUGCGAAGCCGUCCCCAAAACCGCAGAGAACUUCCUCGCCCUCAGCGCCAGCGGCGCCUACAACACCACCCCGUUCCACCGGUACAUCCCCGGCUUCAUGAUCCAAGGCGGCGACAUCUCCCUAUCCGCCACCCCAACCAACCCCGACACCGGCAAACCGCCCCUCCCGAUCGACGGCCCGAUCCCCAAAGGCGGCACCUCGAUCCACCACCCGUACGCGCUGAACCAAGAGAUCCAUCUGCCGGCCCUGAAGCACCACACGCGGGGGAUGCUGUCGAUGGCGUCGCGGCCGGUGAAGGACCGCACGGCGCCGGGGGCGCAGGGCGCGACGGGCCCCACGAUCAACGGGAGCCAGUUCUUCAUCACGCUGGCGGCGGCGCCGCAUCUGGACGGGGCGAGCACGGUGUUUGGGAAGGUGUUGAAUCUGACGGCGCAGGAUGAGGGGGGCGAUGUGUUGGGGAGGCUGGAGAAGGCUAAGAUGAAGGUGGAUAAGAAGGGAAGGGUGGUGCAGCCUUCUCCGGAGGAGGAGGAGGAGGGCGUGUGGGAGCGGGUCGGCAUUGAGAGGGUUACUGUGCAUGCUAACCCUUUUGCGGGGUAG